AUGUCGGUAAAGCCUGGAUUUGAUCGUAAAACGGCCAAGAAGUUUGCCGUUGUGCACAGACCACACGAUGACCCACGUUAUCAUGAUCCUGAGGCAUCGGAACAUGUGUUGGUACCUAUGAAAGAAGCCAAGAAGCAGAGAAAUCCAGAGAAAUCCAAGUCCCCUUUCGCGAGAAAUGGAGCUGGCACUGGUCCUGGUCCAAGACUAGGGCCAGGUCACGAACAUAUUGGCGAAGCGGCAUUGUAUGGAAUUGGGUUCGACGACUCGAAAUAUGACUACACUCAGCAUCUAAAACCCGUCGGGAUGGAUCCACAAAACGCAGUGCUAAUAUCGGCGAACUCUGCCAACAAACAAGAAUCGCGCAAGCUGAAGGCGGAAGAUCUAUUUGCACAACUAGAAAUCCAAGAAUCCUCUGAAAAGAAAAAUGAUUCUAUGUUUGAGCGUGGUGGUACGGCUAAGCGCGAAUAUCUAAAACACCAGCAGGAUAUGGACGAUGAGCUGCGUGGUUUCAAACCGGACAUGAAUCCUGCGCUUAGAGAAGUGCUCGAGGCUCUUGAAGAUGAAGCAUAUGUGGUGAACAAAGACAUAGUUGUCGGGAAUAAAGCAAAGCAAGGAUCCAAGCGGUCUCAGGAAAGCGAUGCGGAUGAUAUUCUCGAUGGUGAUGAAGACGACGACGAUUUGUUCGAGCAGUUAUUAACAAGCGGCCAAGCUGAUGGCGCCGAGGAUUUCGAACAAGAGUUCGACGAGUGGGAUGUCGAGAACUUGGAAAACUACGAGGAUGAGCACUAUCGGGAUGAAAUGCAGCAGUUUGAGAAGAUCGAGAACUUCGAAGAUCUGCAAAACAUCGAUUACCAAGCCGAUGUCACAAGAUUCAAGCAGCAACAGUCGCGGAAAGCACACGAUGAAGACUGGGAAUCAGUUCAGGAUUUCAACAGUGAGGCCGAUGAUUUGGAAAGCAUAUCUGUCCCACCACAGGAAGGCUCCGCUGAAGUACAGGAAGAAGAAGACACUUUGGGCGAUCUGCCCUCGAUCAGCGCUGGUGUGAAAAGCUCUACAAAACAGAAGAAAAAGGGUAGGGAUCGUCGCAAGAAAGGUGCCAUGUCAGAUGUGUCCGGAUUUUCCAUGAGUUCGAGCGCCAUCGCGCGGUCCGAGGCACUGACUGUGCUCGACGAUAGGUACGACCAAGUCAUCUCUGGAUACGAAAACUACGAAGAAGAAGGAGCAGAAGCUGAGGAAGAGUACCAGCCCUUCGACAUGGCCAACGAGCGUGCGGAUCUCGAGUCCAUGCUGGACGACUUCCUCGACAACUACGAACUCGAGUCUGGAGGCAGAAAACUUGUGAAGAAAAACUAUGAAGCUGCGCGGUUCCAGAAGGCCGCCGAUGAAGUCAGCAAGGGUAAGCUAUCGCAAAGAAGGAACAAACAGCGUAACAGCGAGGGCGGUGUUGGCUCCAUCACAGGCAGUUUGAACAGCUUGAGGUUUUGA